UUACAUGUUCAAAUCCUGCGCCUAAAUUAAAUAUAUGUUUUCUGACUUCAUGUUUUUAGUUGCCAUCGCAUGUGUCUCUUUUCCUUAACUAACAUAUUCCGAUGCAGCUCCUCCGUCUGAACCAUCCGGCCAAAACGUCCAAAAACCACGUGUAACACUGAUUGAGACCUUUCUGUCAUACUUCUAGAUUUUGAACAGCCACCAUUUUGAACCAUGCUGUAACAGUAUCAUUUGUGUUUGACUUAACUCAAUAUUAUAUACGCAUCCUUUACGAACUUCCCUUAAAAAAUAAUUUCCUGUUCCACUAUCCCAUUAUUUUAAAGUGUAUGAAACAUGAAAAAAUAAUUUAUUCGGCUGCUAUUGCUAAAGCCUCAAAUCUCAAAUUUUAAUUUUAUUUUUCAAACGUUGUCAAAGUCCAAGUCAAACAAAUUCAUCUUCAUGUUUUUUUUUCUUUACUAUUCUUCUUACUUCGUUUAAAGUUCAAAUCAUAGGACCAUAGUUCAUAGGACUGCCACCAGGGACGAACAAUAAACCAUGUUGUCCCUGUCGUCGACCACCACCACCACCAUUGUAGCCAUCACCCUCAUCUUCUCUCUCCACCACACCACGUCGUUGCAACCCUACGCACCGCUCUCCACCUGCCAACUCACCUUCUUCAACUGCGGCACCAUCACCAACCUUUCCUACCCUUUUACCGGCGGUGACCGCCCCUCCUUCUGUGGGCCACCACAGUUCCAUUUGAACUGCCAAGACGGUGUCGUCCCCGUGUUGAACAUCUCAUCAGUGAGCUACCGAGUCAUCAGUACCAACUCGGUGGCUCAGACCUUCACCUUAGCGAGAUUAGACCUUUGGAACGAGACAUGCACGAAUGUUUACGUGAACUCAACUUUUGAUGACCCAUUCUUCGGCUAUGGUUCGGAGAACCAAAACCUGACCUUGUUUUAUGAGUGCAAACCCACCUCAGCGUUCACCGAAACACCAAAAAAUCUGUUUCACUGUGAGAGUAAUGGGGCUUUGAAUGAGUCUUAUGCUUUGGUUGGUUCUUUACCUUCGGAUCCUAUUCUUGGAAUUGUUGAAUGCGUUCAACAUAUUUCAGUUCCAAUUCUAAAAGAACAUGCUGAUAGGCUGGUGGAAAACCGGUCUUUGCUUCGGGAGAUUCUGAUGAAGGGGUUUAAUGUGAACUAUUGGAAUCCUUAUGAGAGUGUGUGCCUUGAGUGUGUUGGUUCUGGUGGCCAUUGUGGCUUUGAUUCUGAUAACAACCAACAUAUUUGUAUUUGUGGGGACCAAUUGUGUUCAACUCCAGGUAUUCCAGCUUUUCGUUUGGUUCGUUCUCUUUAAGUGCUAUCUUUUCUUCCUCUCUUGAUUCCCUUUCGUCACCUAUUUUCACUGUGUUUGGUUCCAUAUCAAACACACAUCUCAGAUGUGAUUUUUAAGAAGCUAAAAGUUAUAUAGUGUAUUUGAUUUGGUAGCAGAAAACUGUGGUGAAUAUACAAAGCACGAUGAAAUUACCAUAAAAGCAAAUACUUAUUAUAUUAAAAAAUCAUGGUGAGUUCAAACUCACCUUGUAACAAAACAUGCAAAUAGUUUCCAUGUCCCAAAUGUGAUUCCUUACUUUUUAAUUGAUUGUUGACAAUGUUUGUUAUUAGGGGUUUGAACUAGAAUUCAUUUCGAAAGUUGAUCCUGUAAAAUUGAUUUUAAAACAAAGAACUUUGUAUUUAGGUGUUGACAUCGAAAGCAGUAAAUAGUAAAAUCUUUAAACCAACACAAAAACUUUACAACUAAUUAUGGACUUUGUAAAACAUGUUCAAACUAUAAAUAUUUACUUUAAAACAUGUUCAAAUCAGUAAAACAUAGCUAGUAUUUUAAAGUGAUUUUAGAUAUAUCUUAAACCAAGCACUCACUCAGUAUGAAUCAGGUGCCACUAAAGAUUGUAAAACUCUCAAUUUUCAUUCUUUUUUGGUGAAAAAUCUGGCUAUGCUUCUUUUCCUGCAACUUAAUUCGCAUUUAUAUUUACAAGCUUCCACUUUUCAUCGAAUCGGUUAAGAGAGAAAUUGAGGCUUUAUUAGCUUCUCGUGUUGACUACCUUUC